AUGGCGUCCAUAAAAGCUCUUGAAGCUAUUCCAAUCGCAUAUUCAAAUAUAUCCUCCACGAUGAUGCCAUUUUUAUAUCAGACUAGGACGAUCGCAGGCCUGCACAGGUCUAUCUGCAACCGGAGAUAUCAAAACAGUAUCUUGCCUUCGAUCCGCCGAACAAAUUUUCACACCUCUUUACCCCGAGCUAGCUACGAAAAACAAGACGGAAACUACAGUGCCCAAGAAGAAGAUACCGGACUUCGUAUCAAAAGGAUGACUUUUGCACCUAGGAACAACCAUUCUAAUCGACCUCAAUAUCCGAAAAGUGAACUGGAAUCAGAAGGCAAUAUUGCACAACCUGGAAUUAUUGGUUUCGAGGAAGAUGACAAGACCUUAGUGGAAUAUGGCAAAGAAAUCGAAGCAUUAAUCAGUCCACAAUAUCCGAGGCGCGAGUCCACCAUUACCGAUUCAGAAAGGCAUACUUUCAAUCGUAUAUUUACAGAUAUUUUUUCGCGGACUCAAAGGACAUCUUUGAACGACCUUGACUAUGGUCGCAUGCAAAACAGGCCUUCUACGAACAGGGAUAGUGCCCGGAAUAAGCUCGAUGACAUAAUGGGAUCUUCACUGACCAACCUACCGCCUCGAACUAAGGAGCAACGGCAAGCCGAAAUCAAUAAAUAUCCACCAGCUCUUCGGGCUGCAGCUGCUAGGGCGAUUGGUCUCCAACCAGAGGACGAAUUAGAAAUCGAAAUAGAAACCUCGGAAUUAGGUGCCGAUGCGCAGGAGGAAUUGCGAGCACCUGAACGUGAACGAGUCGAAAAGCUGUUGCGCAAUGCUGAAACGGAUUUUGAGCUCUGGGAGGUUCUGGAAGAAGAAGUAUUCCCUCUCAUUGCAAAAAUGGGUCUAGGAGAGACCAAGGAGAGCCGAGACCAGCUGAGAAGAGGAGUACUUGACCAUGAAAUUCCUCCGAUUGAAGAGGAUCCCCCCACUGCGACUGAUAUUAAGCCUGAGAUUUCCCCAUUGGCCCUUUAUGGUCCGCUCUAUCCAUCACACCUCCUUCUUGGCCUACGACUUCUCGACCGGGGUUUCAGUAGACCCUCUCAACUCACCCUCACCAUGCUCCCGCGAAUCAAGUCCUUCGGUCUCCUCUCCCACGUUCUUGGCGCCUCCACCCCUCUUUACAACGAGCUUCUACGCAUUUGCUGGUCACGAUACGAUGAUUUUCGAACUUGCAUAGAUCUACUCAAGGAGAUGGAUCACGCAGGCCUGGAAUUUGAUUCGGAAACACUUGGGAUUGUCACAGAUAUCCUAAAAGUAAGGGCACUCGUGUGGACAGGAGGAGCAGGCCGGAACAAGGCGAUGUUGUGGGCUUUACCGGAGUUCAGAAAAUCUCGCCUUCUUGAGCAUUGGCAGGAAAAAAUCGCCACAGUUAUAGGAGAGAAGAGGAUGAAAGAAAGGGUAUAG